AUGAAUAAUAUUAUCGAUUUUAUAAAAUAAAAUGGCAGUCCAUUUGAAACUUUAGAACUUGACAUGACAGCAGAUAAAAAAGAGAUUAAAUCGCAAUAUAAAGAAUUAGCCAGAAAAUAUCAUCCUGAUAAGAAUUUGAAUACCAAAGAGAAAUUCAUUAAAAUUUAAAAAGCCUAUGAGUUCUUAAUCCACAAUUUAGCAGAUAUUCAUAAAUACGUUGAGCAUUAGAAAUUCAGAUAAUAAGAACAAAAGAAAAUGACUAGUGAAUAGAAGUAAUAUGCGGAAGAUUUAAAGAGAAGAGAACAAAUGGCUGAGAGGUAGAAACAAUAGGAAGAUAUAGUAAAGUAGAUGAGAGUGAAUGAAGAAAUGAACAGACUUGAGGAAUAGAGAAAAUUUGAAGAGAAUGAGAAGAAGUAGAAGCAGGAGAAAUUAAUUUAAUUUGAGUUGCAAAAUCAAGAUCUGUAUAAGAGAUUAAAUACAAUUAAGAUCAAGUGGGCAAAAGAUUAAUUGUAUACUCCUGAUUUGUUGAGUUUGUUAUUCAAGAACUACGGUGCUAUUCAGGAGAUUAAGGUUCAGGAUAAUAAGAGGAAAGCAACUAUCACUUUUCAUACGACUGAAGCAGCUAAUAAUGCAGUGAUUCAAUAGAGUGAUGGAUUUUUGAAGGUUAAGCAUUUUAUGAAAAAAGAAAAGAGACAGUAGGUUCAGAAACAAUUGCAAACAGAGAAGGAGAUGAUCAAUAGGAAUGAUCAAGAUGUUUAUCAACUCAGUACUGAUACUUUGAAUAGGAUUUCACAUUUUUAUAAUAAGGAUUCUAAGAUUAAGGAAGGGUUGGAUGAACUUAAGAGGGAGCAGGAGAGAUUAAAAUUAAUAAAUUAGAUUUAUGAAGAGGAACUAAAUAAAUGA